AUGGUGGUUCAUAGUAGGUGGGGCUCAUUAAAGGAUGUGAAAUCAAAGGAAGGAAAAGAGGCCACAGCAACUAUAUUGAGUCCAACAUUUUGGAAGGAUGUGAAGCUAACAUUGGCUGUUUUUGAGCCAUUGGUCAAAGUCCUCCGUUUGGUUGAUGGGGAUGUCAAGCCAUCCAUGGGUUUCGUUUAUGGAGAACUACUAAAGGCAAAGAGAGAGAUCAAAGAGGCCUUUGGCAAUGUUGAGACUCGAUUCAAGGAUGUUAUGGCUGUUAUUCAGAAGAAGAUGGAUGGAAGACUUGAUUCUCCAUUGCAUUUGACAGCUUAUUUGCUGAAUCCACACUAUAGCUAUAGUAAGCCAUCAAUCUUUGAUGAGCCCAAAAUAACAAAAGCAUUUGUAGCUUGUGUUGAGCAAUUUUAUUAUCAUGAUGAGGACAAGCAAGAGCAGGCUACCAACAUUGAACUGAAAAAGUUUCAGAGUAGAGAAGGGCCAUUUAACAAGAAGCUUGCAAGGACUUUUCAAAACUUUGAUUACAACCCAGGUAGAGCAUCAUGGUGGCGGCUGUAUGGAACUAAAACACCAGCUUUACAAAACAUGGCUACAAGGAUCUUAUCUUUGACAUCAAGCUCUUCUGGUUCUGAAAGAAAUUGGAGUGGGUUUGAAGGGAUACACACUAAGAAGAGAAAUAGGCUUACUACAAUACGCCUCAACAAGUUGUUCUAUAUUCAAUUCAACAAUAGGCUGAUGAAUAAGAGAGAAAAGAUCAAGUCAAAGAAAAUCACUGAUGUUCUGUUGUCUAGUGAUACAACUGAAGCUCAAGGUUUUCUCCAAGAGGAUGGAGAUGAUUGUGCAUUAGUUGUCUUUAGAGAUGAAGACGAGGAUGAGAUAGAAGGUACAGGGAUACCUUGGUCUAUUAUUGGAGAGGCAGCAGGAGCAGAAGAACAGCUUCAGCGGCGUAGAAGUGCAAGACUAAGGGAGCUCUAUGAAGGAGAAGAGUUUGAGUCCGAAGAAGAAGAAUAUGAUGAAGAAGAGGAUGACAUUUAUGAGUCCUAUUGA